UGCAGACCGGAAACAGGUUGGAAGCGUAGCAGAAAUUCUCGCGAGAAAUAGUUACCGUUGCCUCCAGAGAGGGGCGGAGGCUCAGAGGUGUACCUCGUGGGAACGGCCCCUGGAGCUGAAUCGGGCCGGCCUCCAGUUUGAGAUUAGGUGGGAUUUGGAACCGUGGAGAUGCGGAAGGAAACUCCGCCUCCCCAAGUGCCCCCAGCAGCCCGCGAAUGGAACCUUCCUCCUAAUGCACCCGCCUGUAUGGAACGGCAGCUGGAGGCUGCGCGGUACCGGUCUGAUGGGGCGCUUCUGCUCGGCGCCUCCAGCCUUAGUGGCCGCUGCUGGGCCGGCUCCCUCUGGCUUUUCAAGGACCCAUGUGCUGCUCCCAAUGAAGGCUUCUGCUCCGCUGGAGUCCAGACGGAGGCCGGAGUGGCUGACCUCACUUGGGUGGGGGACAGAGGUAUUCUAGUGGCCUCUGAUUCAGGUGCUGUUGAAUUGUGGGAGCUGGAUGAGAAUGAGACACUUAUUGUCAGCAAGUUCUGCAAGUAUGAGCAUGAUGACAUUGUGUCUACAGUCAGUGUCCUGAGCUCUGGCACACAAGCUAUCAGUGGUAGCAAAGACUUCUGCAUCAAGAUUUGGGACCUUGCUCAGCAGGUGAUACUGAACUCAUACCGAGCUCAUGCGGGACAGGUUACCUGUGUUGCUGCCUCUCCCCACAAGGACUCUGUAUUUCUUUCAUGUAGUGAGGACAAUAGAAUUUUGCUGUGGGAUACCCGAUGUCCCAAGCCGGCAUCACAGAUGAGCUGCAGUGCCUCUGGCUACCUUCCUACCUCCCUGGCUUGGCAUCCUCAUCAAAGUGAAGUCUUUGUCUUUGGUAAUGAGAAUGGGGCUGUGUCCCUUGUGGAUAUGAAGAAUGCAAACUGUGCCCUCAGUUCAGCUGUGCACACCCAGUGUGUCAACAGGCUGGUGUUCUCCCCACACAGUGUUCCCUUCCUGGCCUCCCUCAGUGAAGACUGCUCCCUGGCUGUGCUGGACUCGAGCCUUUCUGAGGUGUUUAGAAGCCGAGCCCACAGAGACUUUGUGAGAGAUGCUACUUGGUCCCCACUCAAUAACUCCCUCCUUACCACGGUGGGCUGGGACCAUCAAGUCAUCCACCAUAUUGUGCCCACAGAACCUCUCCCAGACCUCAGAUGUGAGAGUGCUGCUGAGUAGAUUGUAUUUAAGAAAAAGGCAAACCCCCAUGCGAUUCACUCCUUUGUUCCUGCCUCAGCUUGUGAGACAACACAGGAGAUUUGUGUAGUGUGUCGAUACACUAGAUCUGUAAAGUUCAUAGGCAUUGUAUUUCAGCCUGAAGGAAGCUGGAUUCUGGGAUCCUAUAGUUGAAGGAAGGAAAAACUUUCUUGAAAAUGGGUAGUUGUAUAUAUGUAUCUGAGUGUAUUUGUAGAUCUAUAGGUUUUUGGGAGGAGGAUGAAAAUUAUCCUCAGUUUUCCCAAACAUCCCCCUACACCCCCUGCCUCCAAAUUGACAGUUUUAUGCUUCCCAUGUAGCUGUGGGGAAUUGGCUGUGUCUGGGCAGAGUAUGGGAUCUGAACAUCCUUGAGUUCUUGGAAAGAGCUCUUCUGCUAUUUGUAGAGACAGGGGCAACUUACUGUUUUAUAAAGCUUAAUUCAACAUUAUGGGAACUAAUUCCAUGCACAAGAGCCCAACCCAGCUACUUUGAAGGAGAGGCAAGAUACACUCACCAAAGUUUUGCACAACUACUUGCCAUUAAACUGAAUCAGAAAUCUAUUUUCUGGCUGCAGUUUGGCUAGUACUUAUGUAAUGCCUACUUCUCUGCCCCCCAUGGCAUUGUGUAUAUGAGAGAUGAGUGCUUUUCUGUCAUAGAUUCCACAGCAGAAAGUUAGGGAUGACGGAGAGCUUAAAGGCUUUUCAGUGAAGUUAGAAACUGACAUGGACUGUUACAGAGAAAUCGUUGUCACUUUUCCUACCCAAAACCAGCCUGGAAUCUGACCUGCUUCUGGCCCUCUUUAUCUGGACAUAGGAAGUCUGAAUGCUGUAUUUGUGGACUCCUAAGAUGUUGAAAUCCAGCAUCAGGAAAAAAAUGAAAUACUGGUUGGUGAAAUAAAGAGUUUAUGUGUUUGUCUUUUUUGAA